UUGCCUUCUUGCCCUGUCUAUCACAUUGACUGACAGUUCUGGGUAAGUAGGCUGUGGGAAAGAGACACCUCUUCAGUCUGAUCACUGAGCUGCAGAGUUUUGAGCUUCAGCUGGGAUCUUACUCUCCAGUGUGUUUGCCAAGAGAAAUAUAUUCUCUCAGCAUGGCUCGUAGGCUGGAGUUAAAUCAUGAACUUUCUAAACUUUUCAAUGAGCUAUGGGAUGCAGAUGUUAACCGCUUUGUGCCUGGGAAAGAUUAUACAAUUGACUUACAGGAAAAAGCAGGCUUUGUACAGCAGGGUAGCGGGGUUGCAAGGGACAGUGCAUCUGAGCCUCUGUUUCGCUACGUAAAUGAAGAGCGUCUGAAGAGCAUAAAAACUUUUGCAGCUUUUGUUUCCCUAUUGGACAACUAUGAAACGUCAACUGGUGUAGCAGAAGUUGUGACCCCACAAGAAAUGGCUGAAAACAAUCGUUUUCUUGAUGCUAUCUUAGAAACAGAAGUAAUGAAACUUACUCAUCAAUAUUUAGUUAGAAAAAAUUGGUCAAAACCCAGUCUUAAUGAUUUCAAGUCUCAGCUCUAUGGCAUCUGGUUUCAGCUAUACACCAGGGAAACAGGAAAGGGGCCUGAUUCCUGUGGAUUCGAACACGUGUUUGUCGGAGAAACAAAACAUGGAAAAGAGAUUCUGGGUUUGCAUAACUGGGUACAGUUUUACCUUCAGGAAAAGCAUAAACAAAUUGACUACAAAGGCUAUAUUGCCAGGAGGAAAAAUAGCAGGCCUGAUGAAGAUGAUCAAGUUCUGAGCCUACAAUUCAGCUGGAAAGGUCUAGUAAAACCUGUGGGAAGCACCUUUAUUGGUGUCAGCCCUGAGUUUGAAUUUGCCCUCUAUACAAUCAUUUUUCUACAGUCUCAGGAAAAGGUCACUCGUGAGAUGGUGCGGAUAGAGGAGUAUGAACUACAGAUAGUUGUGUAUCGCCAUGGUAAAUACAUUGGAACAGCGUAUCCUGUCCUCCUUAGCAGCAACAAUGAAGAUUUGUAUUGAAAAGGGCCAAGCUAACCUGAUUUUCUUUUUGAGUUUAACUGUAGUUUUGUAUAAUUUUAAAUGUCAUGUUUGGAAUAAUUUCCUUUUGUUCUGUAUUAAGAUGCUUAACCUAAGAUGUGCCUUUUAAAGAAACAUUCAGUGCCUGUCCAGGCUUUGAAAUCCUUUUUAUCACCGUAACCCAAGGAUGAAAGAAAUUGUACUAAAGUGCCUUCAUAAAUCUGUACCUUAACUUCCUGACCAGACAACAGUUUUUUAAACUAUCCCCUAUUAAAAUGAAUAUAGGGUUUUGAUCAAACCAUAUAAAAUACAGACCAGAAUAUCCCAUAAUAAGUGAGUCUUGUGGCGUUAGUGUUGAAAUUAAGCCCUCUGUUAUAGUAGUGUAAAACAAUACUGCAUAGCUGUAUUUUGUGUUCCCAUCCUCAGUUAUAGGCUGAGAAAAGGAUUUCUGCCAAUGGCAAUCUGGACAAUUAUGACAUUAUCCCUCCCCUUCCCAACCAGCACAAGCCUUAUGGACACAGAAGGACUUCCUGGAAUGAAAGUCAGUGCAGCAUUUAUCACACUACAUCUAAUCACUCUUCUACAGGACAGGACACAUCUUAAAACAAUGAUUAAUGAAGACUAGCAGGAAGCCAGAAUAAGUUGACUGCCUGAAGCCUGAGCUCUGAGGAGACAGCAAAGUCUCUGUCAACCCCAAAACCUAUUAAACUCCCCAAAAAACAGAACAGAAUGUGGCAGGGGAUGGAUUCUCCAAAAACAAUUUAAAAAUCAGUAGUAUACAGUAAGAGACUUUAGGCAAGGAAAAAUACGCCCGUGUCACUUGGGGUAGAAAUCCAAAUCUCAGCUGUACAGGAGGAUUCUCCUGAGAUAGUAACUACAAAUAACCUGCUGAAAAACUCUUGGCAGACAGUGAAACUUAGGAAAAAGAAGAUAGGAAAAGACAAAAGACUCUAGAGAUCCUGCUGGCAAUGGCAGAAGUGAAGCUGAACAAGAGAACUCAGAUACCUGAGGAGUAACCUAAAAAUUAACUAAAAGAGAUUUCUUGGAAGUCACCAGGAAUGAACAGUUAGCAGUAACAAUGUUAAUGUUAUAAAGAAAAUAGUUUGUGUUAACUGGGGAGCUCAUAACUCUGUGAUAGCAUGUUCUCUAUUUUAAAAAGUAGAGAAGACAAUAAGAGGGAGUGGAUUGUUAGGGGGAUCCCUAACAGGAGUGGAGGGCCUGGAGAAAAUAGAGAGGAGUUUGGAGGAACCUUUAAGAGUUCUGUGUAAAUCCUCCCCAUGUAACUCAAAUAAGUGGAUGGUAAUCUAUCCCUAAUGGUGUGGGUUAAGGUCCCAUAGGACGAGAAUGUACCUCCUUUGGAUUGAAAGAGAAGCAGUACAAGUGUUCAUGGGAAGAGCACAGGGAUUUGGUAUUAGCAAAGGGAUUUGGGGACUCCUUUAAAUGCUAUGUUGGUGUUUUGUGUGUGGAUUUAAAGUAAGAGGAAUGAAGGAGAGGGGAGGGAACUGACAAGGCAGGGGGGGGAAUUACUACAAGAAAUAGGUAGGGAGGUUUACAGAACAGAAACCAAGGUACACACUUGCAAACACAGAGUAAUAGGAAAUGAGACAUUGGCCAUAUAAGUGGUCAGGCCAUCAAACAGCAAUCAAUAAUUAUCAUAAUUUCACAUUUUCAAUAAGUUAAAUAGUUAUUCUCAAAAGCUCUUCCUUUCAAAGUAGUAUCUUUGAAUGCCAAAGGGCUAACUAAUGUCAUUAAAAGGAAAAAACAUGCUCAGAUUAUUCUACUUUGAGAAAGUUAGUUUCAGAAGGGACAAAUUAUAUAUAGAAAUAUGAAUAGAAAGCUCGGACUAUAUUCCAGCAUAACAUCUCUUUAAAUCACUGCUCCCUGUUGUAAUGAUUGUUGUGUUCGUGAUACUUUCAUAGCAAGGAUUUGUAAAUUUACUACUAUUUCCUAAUUAAAUAAAUAGUAUUAAAAAUGAUUCACCUCUUGAGCCACUCUUCACAUGAGCCCCCCCCCCCCACACACACACACACAAAAUCAAGAUGG